AUGUCGAAGACGGGCUCGACGCCAGAACAGCGGCGAGCGUAUCGAAUCGCUCUAGCCGACGCCCUCAAAGCGGGCUACGCUGUGCUGAAGGACGGCGGUGAGGCUCUCGACGCUGCGGUGGCUGCCGUCGCCGUCAUGGAAGACAAUCCUCUGUUCAACGCUGGCAAGGGUGCUGUCUUCAACUCGGCUGGAAAGAACGAGCUCGAAGCAUCUGUGAUGCUCUCUAAACCCCCAGCGUCGUACCCUGGAAUCCCCAGUUCAAGAAGAGGCUCAGCUUUGACGCUCCUGACUCGAGCCAAGAACCCUGCCAAAGUCGCCAGAGCAAUCUACCUCAAUCCUUCAGUUUCACCGCACGUCUUCCUAUCGGGUGCACAGGCAGAAGAAAUCGGAGCGAGUCUUGGAGAGACUCUCGUUGACCCGUCGUACUUUUACACCGAACGACGAUGGAAGGAGCAUCGGAGAGGUCUUGGUCUUCCGGAUACGGUUGUUGGCUCGGAGGAUGAUUUGCCACCGCAAGGAACGGUUGGAGCGGUUGCGCUGGAUGUGAGAGGGUGUGUUGCGGCUGUGACGUCGACUGGAGGAAGGACCAACAAGCUCCCAGGCAGGAUUGGGGACACCCCGUUGAUGGGAGCUGGAUUCUGGGCGGAAGAGUGGACUGGACCCAGAACGGGUGGUUGGGUGUCCAAUCUGCUUUCGACCCUUGGUCUGGCGGAAAGUAAAGAUACCACCCGAGCGGUUGGGAUUUCAGGAACUGGAGAUGGUGAUUACUUCAUUCGUCAGGCCACGGCGUCGUCCAUCGCCAGCAGGAUGAAGCUCGCAGGAGAAGAUCUGGAGAAAGCAUCAGAACGGGUGAUCAAGGAUCUGUAUGAGCUAGGUGGGCUUGGAGGGGUGAUUGCCCUCGACGACGCUGGAAAUGUAUCUAUGUCUCUCAACUGUACUGGGAUGUAUCGGGGUGUUAUCCGUGAUGACGGUGUACCCAAGGUCGCCAUCUUCGAUGACGACCCUCUAGAAGAGAUUGGAAUGUAA